CACGCAGGGCACGAUAUGAGUAAGCAAGCCGUAUUCGACGGGAAGCGGGCGAUACGGGGAGGGAUACCUUUUGUCUUUCCUCAAUUUGGACAAUGGGCAUUCGGACCUCAGCACGGGUUCGCGCGGAUAGCGCGCUGGCACGUGGAGAAAAUGCCGGAGCGGUUGCCGAGCGGAGACGUGGAGGCCGUUUUCAGCCUCAUGGACGACGACUUCACGCGCUCCAUGUGGCAUUUCCAAUUCAGACUGACAUAUAGGCUGAUCCUGCGAGAGAAGGAGUUGCAUUUCAACAUCGGCGUGUACAAUCCGAGCAAAGAGCUCACGUUCAGCUGCCAAAUGCUACUGCACACCUACUUCAAAGUGCCUGAUGUGCGCCGCUGCCAGAUCACCGGCAUGCACGGAUGCAUGUUCAUCGACAAGACGCGGGAAGGCGCGGUGUACCAGGAGACGCGCGAGGUGGUAACGGUCAACGAGUGGACGGACCGCAUCUACCAAAAUACCAUGCAGGAGCACAUCAUCACCAACGUCGUCAGCGGGCGCAAGAUGCGGAUACAGAAGUACAAUUUCCCUGAUACUGUGAUUUGGAACCCUUGGGCGGAGUACGCGAAGGAGAUCCCCGACUUCGGCGACGACGAAUUCCCCAAUAUGGUAUGCGUGGAGGCGGGCCGCGUCGCCGCACCCAUCGUGCUGCUGCCCGGCACCGCCUUCGAGGCCAGCCAGAUCCUGCAGGUGAUGUAAACGACGCAACGAUUCGUCCAAACCCGUCCAACGAAGCGUCAAUUUUCUAGGAACUUUACAAUUUCGAGACAAUAUACAGUUGGGGGCUUCAGCCACUAGGUAAUCUUAAAUAAUACAAAUAUCGAUCUUAAAACCUCCCCUUUUUCAAGUAGUUAAAUUGUUAAGAAACCUACACAACAGCCGAUAGGGCUCGGAAGGAAUGUAGUGAAAAUUAUUACACAUGUACGACAGUCAUUGUAACUUAUUGAAAUACAUCUAAAUUCUAUCGCCCCUAUUUGCUUUUUCUUAUACACUUUGUUACUUUGAUUGUAUAACUGCGCGUGCAAUUCCCGGCGUAAUUUUCACUACAUAUGUCCCAAACAUAGAAAGUCUGCACUAACAGUGUGUCAAUUUAACUACUUUUUGCUUUGGUUUUGUUAAAUAAGGGUUGUAUGCGAAAUAAUUCGAUUCUCCACUCCAAUUGAUGCCCUUUAACUAUAGCUAUCUUCGUCUCUAAAAUGUAUACGUAUUUGCUGAAGUUAUUCUGUAAAACGUUUGACGUAUUAAUAAAUAAUUUGUGCCAAAUGUAGGGAUGAAUUGUCAUUAGACCGAUAUUCGCUUCAGUUUGAAAAGGUCUUUAUAUUUCACACAAUGUCGCCAAGUGCAAGCAUGAGCUCAUGAGAUUAAAUUUGGACAGAUAUCAGAACAUGGAUGGAAAGUAAAGUUUGAUAAUAACUUUAUUAAUGAUGCAGUUAGAAUCUUGAAAUAAAUUUAAGAUGUCUUAUUAAUUACCAUCAAUCGGCGACCAUAAAUCAACCAAUUGUAUGAAUAGAAUAAAAUCGUUUAAAAUUAUCAAUGUCACAAUAUUACAAUUUAAAAUACAAUGUUACGGGAUAAUAUGGAUCACAGAGUCCACAGUGUUGUAGAUCUCAGAGUCGACAGAGCUGUGGGUCACAGAUUCUACAGAGUAAUGGAUCACAGAGUCCACAGACUUGCGAAUCACAGAGUACAGAGCGUUACGGAUCACAUAGUCUUCAGAGUUUGUAGAUCACAGAGUCCACUGAGUUGUGAUUCACAGUCUCUACGAUUGGUUGAUUUGUAAUCGAGGAUUGAAGGGUCGGAUUAAUAGGAUUCAAAUUUAUGUUAUAAAGAAUUAAUCAAUUUUUAAAUAAAUUUACUUUUGCGCAGAAAUGAAAGUUUUCAAAAUUGGUAACAGCCCGAUGUUAAUGCCCAUGAGUUUAUAGUUUUUAAUAUUAUGUACCCGACUCAUCAGCCCCCAAUGUGUUAUCAUUCCGUUUGUAUUAUAAUUAUUUACUACUUUAACGUGUAAGUAAUUGCUUAAUUUAACGAAGUGAGACGUCACAAUUUAGUAACUAAUUCCCUUUUAAGUAAUAGGGGAUACUAUUGCUUGGCUCCGAAUUUAACGUCAUAAUCAUACGACGAAAACUCUAUUCCAAUCCAUUAUACCAAAAUAGUAAACAAACCGGUUUGGUUAAAAUAAAUAAAUAAUAUUUCAAAUAUAGAUUUGUGAAUAGUCUAUGGUUGCAUAGGGCUGUGCGGAAAUAACUCAUUCGGUGAAUACAAUUAAAGUUUUUGUAAUCAAUAAGUGAUGACAAUGAUUCGAAAAUUAAUCACAAUUGAACGAAUAUCUAAGUGUAAGGAUUUGAAGGAGGAUUUAAAAUUAGAUUUCGGAAUAUUUAAAGUUGCUUUUAUAGAUUAUGUAAGAAAAACAAGAUUAGUCUCAUGUAUGAAAUAUCUGUAGCGAAAUUGCAAACUCCGUUUUAUUAUAUAAAACCCAGUUAUUUCAACUGAUUCAAUUAAACAAAUCGAUUCAUUCGAUUAAUUAAUCGAUUUGUAGUUGGUAGUACAGUUGGCCAUCACUAAACUGUCUAUGGUCUGGCCAAUGAUCUGCUUGUUUGCUUUUCUGGUAUAAUGGAUUGGAACAGACUAUAACUAAUUUGUAGAUACUUGUUUUCUUGCCACAAAUUGAGUACAGUCUAGCGUGUGUUCAUUGGCGUCGUCGCCAAGUUGACGCCGAUUUUGUAAUGUAUUCUACGUCUUUUCUAUUUCUAUAUACUUCCAUUUCUGUCUUCCUAUGUUGAGCAUUUUUACAUUGGCCGGUAAUGGCACCGGUGUAACGGGUAAUUAAUUUUUAAUACUGUGUCAGCAACCGGAUGCAUUAAGGCUGUUUUCACAUGGACCACUAAAAUCCCUACUAUACAAUCAAUGUCUUGAUUUAAAUGGUCAAAAUAACCAAAAAUAUGUACACAUCAAGUAGUGUAUAUUAUGUGCUAUUAAGUUCAGAAUUCUCAAAAUAUUUGCUCAUUUGACAAAAAUCAAUCUUAUGCAAUUAAUUUUAAUGUCUACAUCAGCAUGCAGACCUUUUGUAUGUUACCAAGUGAAGAGACGAACUGCGCCUUGUGGUAAGCGACACGCCUGUCCAUAGCAGUUGCAAUGCCACUCAAGAGCAUUAAAACGCAAAGACCUGAGGGGCACUGUUACCGCGCCCGUUACUCAGUCGACAAGUGCCUGUAAUUUCACCAGAUUGAAAGCAUUUGGAAAGUGCGCCUUGAACUUAUUGUUAUAAGUUUGAUUUUUGUCAAAUAUUAAUUUUAAAGGUGGCCAUAUUUAUUGCUUAUUUUGUCUGUUAAGAUCAUUUUGACGCUGACUAUAUGACCAGGGUAACGGUGGGACUGGAAUGAUGCAGCUGCAAUGAUGGGACUUUGUCCAGUAUGUAAUUUUCUAUUGAACACGUAUGCAAAACUAUAUUCUUUCACAGAGUCUAACCAAUGAAUUUAAAGGUUUGGUAGUAACGGCGACAACAAUUCGUAAUUUACAGAAAAUGUGUAUAAAUUUAACAGUAGUUGGCAAAAACUAAACGACAGAACUGAGUUGUAACUAUUAUUGUUAAUAAUUGAUUAUACAAUAGAAAGAAAAACUUAGUCUAUAUAUAUUUAACCCUUCACUAAAGAAUUGCACUUAAUUUGUUUUACCACCAAACUUCGUUUUGUAAAAGUAAAGAUUGCCCUGUUACUUAUAAAUAAACUUCAACUAAGAAGUGCUAGAAUGAUAAUAAUCCACGUCCGUUUACGUGAAACGUGGGAAAUGACGUAACGGGUUAAAAAAAUCUUUGUUAUGUCUUUUAUGCUAUUUGUACCAUGUUAACUCAAAGCUCAAUACUCAAAUACUGUUUUUAUGUUAUUCAUCAAGUAAACAGUUAACAUCGGUAUUCUUAAAAUGCAAUUAAAUUAUAAUACUUGUUUUCUUUGGUAACAUGUUGAAUACUUAACAGGUCCAGGUGGUCCUGAUUUAGGUAUUUUAAAACUAUACAGUCUUUUACUAUCUAACAUCGACGGUUGAAAAAUAACGGGUUAAGCGACAUUUUGGAGAUUCAUCGAUAUUCAAAAAUAAAACCAUUAAUAAUAGCUCGUUUAACCGAAUUUGAAUCUACAAUUUAGAAAUAAGUAAUACAAACUUUAGUCAUCUUCGGUUGAAAUACUGUUAUACUCACUUUUGUUUUCACCUCUCAAUAAUAAAGAAACAGUAAGAUGCGCUUAUACGGAAUAUGUAUAAAGCAGAUUUUGGGCAUAUGUGUCACUUAGCCCCUUUUUAAUUUUCAACCGUCUUUAUGAAUCUCGAUGUACAAUUUGCAUUUCUUAAAUACAUUCCCAAAACUAACACGUGAAUUAGGGUUUUAAUCUCGAAAUAUGUACAUAAGUACUCAAGCACAAUAUUGUACAAAUUGAUGUGAUUUUUUUAAGUACAUUUUAUUUUGUAUUACUUUUUUUUACUUGGAACUUUUUGGAGGCUUUUCAAAGUAUACGAGAAUUUAAUGUAAGUAAUGUAUGAGUACUUAUACUGCGGUCAUUGUAAGAGUAUCUCUGACAGAAGUGAAAGAAAGAACCAGUGCGAGUUUUGAGGCAAGUAACUCAAUUAAGCCGGUUUCAAAAACCCAACGACUUCUAAUAUGAAGUGGUCCAAGAGGCGAAUUGUGGACAAGCGUGUAUUUAAAAAUAUCUUAAACUAAAAAAAAGAACCAAUUCUCGAUAUUUAAAUAGGGAAGACCCAACCCGUAAUCUUUAUUACAGCUAGCAUUGUCAUUUAUUGCAUUGUCGAAGUAUGGAUGUUGACUUUGACAAUCUAGAAAACUAGCAUUACGCAGCAAAUGUUGCAAGAAAUCAUGUUAUAUGGAUCCUUCACCACUGCUAGCCAACCUGACGCUUUAUAUAGCAUCCGUACUUUUUUAGACCAUAGUGGGUCUGUCAGAGGUCAUGUUACAAUGACAGCAGCUUAGAUGUAAUGAGUUCCUUUGUUUUAAACGAUACGAGCGGUCAGGCAUCGUAUAUCGGCAUCAAAGAUGUGUUAAUGUUAUAUUUUAUCUAAUGUACAUUCGGUAGAUGCUCUCUGUACACGUAAGGCUGAUCUCGCUCGAGAUUAUUGCUGUAUGAAUGGUUAUUGUUAUUAAUGUCCAACAGUUUGUGAAAGAAUCGGUUUGAAAUUGAGUUUUCGAAGUCUUAUUCGGCUCUUUCAUAACUUAAACAUUUGAGGAAUAUUAAAUAUUUUCUUUUUUAAAUUAACUGUUUCUCAUCAAAAUUGUAACUUAGGUCCGUUCUAGACAUAACCAGUUUUUUCAGGUGAGAGUGAAUAGGCACUUGGGGCAAGCAUUCUGUACACUCGACCUAAGCGUCCUUAACAUGAAGUUAAUGCUUGCUUAAUUUCAUAAAAAAAAGUAACAUCAAAUUUGUUUCGAUCCAAUUCUAACGCUGUUGAUGUAAUAAAAAAAGUUAAGAAACAAGAAUAAAAACAUCUUGUAGUAGUUGCUAUUUUUUAGUAAGUCAUCACAAUUGUGUAGAUUGUAACUUAACAAACAUUACCACGCCUAACACUGUCUGUCUACCCCAUCCCUCUGGGGUAGACAGACAGCAGACCUCCGCUUAUUACGUUUCUGACGUACUUUCGCUUUUAAUACUAAUAAUUUGGGAUAACUGGAAAACGAGUUAAAACGUAAACAAGUUGUGUAAUACAGUAAAUUACAUAUUUUCAUUUAAACAUUUUGUUAUCAUUUGGUUACGAACAUACCGCAAUAACCUCAAGAGAUUUCAUGCACUUUUAUAAUUAAGUAGGAAGGGGCAGCGUAGAAGAUUUCCGUGUAUAUGAAUUCAGCACGAUUCAAGCCAACUGUAAUAUUCAAAAAUUGUGAUUUUAUAAGAACAGGUUACAAGUUAAAUAUGGACCGUUUUGCGGAAUCAUCUUAAGAGCUUAUAUCGCUCGAAUGUAUUUCUUUUUACUACUUUACACGAACAUUGAUGUUAAAAUUUGUUACUAGCGCCAUUAUGGGAAGGGCUCUUGUUAACUGGCCAAUCUUCUAAUACUUAUUAAUAAGCCUGUAUUGUUCCCUAAACUCUUAUUAAUCAGUGGUAUGUAAUAAACCAGUAUGGUCACGCAGGAUAAUAAUAAGCAAGGGUAAUUGAAAAUGCGCCUUAGAAGUCCCAAUUAACGCGUCUUAUAAAACCUUAUUUACUCGCCUUAUAAGUCCCGAUUUCCACACCUUAUAAAUACCCGAAGUCCGCACCUUUUAAAUUCCGAUUUCC